GAGGAGGAGGAGGAAGAAAAAUCAUCUCGUCCUGAUACUCCCCAGUUUUGUUGCGUAUCGCGCCGUUCACAGCGGAGCUCCCGUCCGCAGACCCCGGCUGGAUGAGUGCGCCUCGCAUUACGCGCUGGAUACAGAAACAACGCACACACACACACACACACACACACACACACACACACACACACACAGUCUCCUGCCAUUAAAACCUACGUGUGUGUGUUGGUGUAGUCAUGAAUUACCUGAGUCGGGCAUGUAGUUAACCGGCUUCCUGGGCGUGGGAAGGACGAAGCACAAGCAGCCUGGCUACUUGUUUCGUCUGCGGGAAUAUUGUUAGUAAAGUUGGGCAGCGACUGCAGCUCCAACCGCUCCCGGUUCACUCACCAGAGCAGUUUUCCUUCACACCAGGAUGUAAAUUUGGGAACUUUUUGGGUUAUUUUCGAAGGACACAGGACGAGUUUUAAUUUUCUAACUUUUGAUAUCUUUGAGGAAUACAGAGAGAGUCACACACGGCCACACAGAGAGAGACAUCAGCGGAAACCCCCAGAGGAGAGGAGAGUGAAGCGCUUCGUGUCAUUACAGUUCAACAGGCCUGAACACUGAACAGGAGAGCGAGGUGGUUGAUGUCACCAGAGAUCAACAGGGCCUGAACACUGAACAGACAUAAUGGAGCGGUGGUGGGCGUGGCAGUUUGCCCUGGUCACCCUGGCAACCACUUACCUCACCCCCUCCCAGGGUAAAAACGUAGAGUUCCCCUCUGACACCCUCAUCAACAACGUGGUGGUCCACCCCCGCACGGGCCGCCUGUACGUCGGCGCCGUCAACUCCCUCUACCAGCUGAGCCCUGACCUUGGGCUCGAGUCCCGCACCGAGACGGGCCCCAAGAGGGACAACCGACAGUGCACGCCGCCCGUCACCGACGCCUGCGAGGAGGCCGUGGACACCGACAACCACAACAAGCUGCUGCUGGUCCACGAGGCUAAGGACGUCCUGGUGGUUUGCGGCAGCGUCUUCAGGGGCAUCUGCUCUCUGAGGAACCUGAGCAACGUGGAGCAGCUGCUGUACUUCAGCGACACCAAAGGAGAGAAGUCGUACGUGGCGAGCGCCGAGGAACGCGUCUCUGUGGUGGGAGUGAUGUCAUACUUCACCAAGGACACUGAUAACUUCACCGUGUUCCUGGUCGGUAAGGGGUACGGCAGCCAUGACAGCACCAAGCUGAUCUCCACCCGCAUCCUCCAGGACUACGGCGACUGGGUGGUUUUCGACAGCAUCAUCGAGGCCUCGGCGGUCCAGGCCAACCCCUUCGUCCUGCGGUACCUCCACGACUUCCGCUUUGCCUUCAAAGACGACGGCUUUGUGUACUUUGUGUUCUCGCGGACGCUCGGCGUUCAGGACACCAAGAACUUCACCUUCAUCUCCAGGAUGUGCGAGGACGAUCAGGGUUAUUUCUCCUACACCGAGCUGCAGCUCAACUGUAGCGCUGAAAACAAGUACAACAAGGCUCAGGCUGCUUAUGUAGCUACACCAGGCAACGUUUUGGCUCAGACUAUGACCAAAUCGGGCAAGUAUGGACAAGUUUCAGCCUCGGACAAGGUGCUGUUUGUCACUUUCACUUCUGAUGAAGACCCAUCUACUUCGGCAAUGUGUAUGUACCCUGUGCGCUCUAUUAAUAAAAGGCUGAUGGAGAUAAUAGAAGCCUGUUACAGCAAGAACGGCGUCAUUAACCAGAGCACUGCUGUCUACUCGCCUUACUCGUCCAAGUCUGAAGAGCUGUGCAGCAGCAAUAAUCAGAAUAACAUAGCCAAAUACAAGUGUGGGGCCGAGUUUCUGCCCUCCCCACUGGCCAGCAAGGCCGAGUUCGCCUUAACAGCGGAGCCCUCAUUGGUCCGUAAGGGUCACCUGACCGCUGUUGCUGUGGCUGUGGAAAUGAGGCACGCUGUGGCGUUCCUGGGCACCGCCACUGGAGAGGUGCUGAAGGUGCAUCUGUCGGCACACCCUGAGGUGUACGGGCGAGCGCCGGGCGAAGUCACGGGAGACAAGGUCAACAAGAACCUGCUGUUCGAUUCCAGCCACCGACACCUGUACAUCACCACAGAGAAAAAGAUCACCAAGGUUCCAGUCCAGGCCUGCCACCUGAAGACGGACUGCCACUCCUGCGUCUCGAUGAAGGAUCCGUAUUGUGGCUGGUGUGUCCUGGAGGGAAGGUGCACCAGGAAGCAGGAGUGCAGCAGGUCGAUGGAACAAAACACCUGGCUGUGGUCCCCCGAUCAGCAGUGUGUUCAGAUCCAGUCCUUCAACCCUCCCAACCUCAGCUGCAAGAAGACGCAGCAGGUUGAUAUCCAUAUACCCAGCCACCCCAGACUGAGGCCUUCCGAUAGGCUGCAGUGUGUUUUCGGCUCUUUCAUCAGUGACGCCGUGAUGGCCUUUGGCAGCCAGGGGCUGAUCACCUGUUCGCUGCCCGACCCCGUGGAAAUCCCACCCACUCCCGACCAGCAAGACUACGUGUCCGUCCCAGUCAAGAUUCUCGUAAACAACCAAAUCGAGGUGACGUCUGGAGAGUAUCACUUCUACAACUGUGCUGCUACCGUCAGGAAGAACCAAAACACACCGUGUAUAGCGUGUGUGACCAGCGAAUGGGGCUGUCAGUGGAACGCUCGGGAUCACAGCUGCAGCGACAGAGACGACGGUGUAGGUGGAGAUCACAUCGUUAAACCACAACAGCGUGACAGUUGUCCUCAGUUUGAGUCUCCGGAGCCGCUGUUAAUCCCCGUAGGCUUUGAAAUCCCCAUCAGCUUCCAGGGUAGAAACCUGGACAUCUACACGGGCCAGAGGUUUGCCAUCGGGACGGAGCUGAUGAAGCACACAGACAAGGAGGUCACGCAGGAGCAGGGGUCGAAGUUUAAAUUCACAGGUUAUGAGUUUGCCUAUGACAAGCAGCAGGAGGUGAACGUAUCCUUCCAUAUCAAAGACAGAGACACUGAGAGGAAGAUUGACAGCACCCUGACAGUGGUGCUGUAUAACUGCUCGGUGGGAAGAGAAGACUGCAGUCUGUGUAAACACGCCGACGCCACGUACCAGUGCGUUUGGUGCGCUGCCUCACGCACCUGUGUUUACCAGGAUCUCUGCCCGUCACCGCAGCCGGCACAGUGCCCUGACCCGGAAAUCACAGACAUCAUCCCUCGCUUCGGCCCUCUGAACGGUCGGAUCUCGGUAACCAUCAGAGGCUCCAACAUGGGAAUAAAGAAGGAAGACAUCAAGAAGAUCACAGUGGCCGGAGUGGACUGUGAUCACCAGGCGGACAGAUACUCCGUCUCUACCAGCGUGGUGUGUGAGAUUGGCCCAGCGAGACGAGUUCCACCGUCUGACCUCCCGUUUGAACCAACCAUGAGUGGACCCGUUCACAUAGAAGUCGAGGGAGGGAGAAAAGGAACAUCUCGGGUCAAUUUCACCUAUCGGGACCCUAAACCAGUCGCCGUAGAGCCAGCGAAGGGUCCGGCAGCCGGAGGAACCAUAAUCACCAUCAAGGGAGAAGACCUGGACACCGCAACUAAAGACGACGUCACCGUCACAGUGGGGGGAUUCCCCUGUGAAGUCCUGUCGUUUGGUAAACGGAUCACUUGCACGACCGGGAAGUAUCGUGGUCAGAAGGUGCCCUCUGAUCCGUUAACGGUGACGGUGAAUUACGGUAGAAACACCACCAAAGACGUCCCAGCAGCAUACCAGUACUCUGAUAACCCCAAGAUCAUAGAUUAUAACCCCAAGGCCAGUUUCCUGUGUGGCGGUCGAAGGAUUGUGGUGGUGGGAAGCGGUUUUGAUCUGAUCCAGAGAGCCACGAUGAAAGUCCUGCCCUUCCCUGACGAGUUUUCACAGAACACCACUCCUGUAGAGUUUGUCCAGGAGGCUCUGAGUAAGAACGACACCGUCCUCCAGUUCGAGUCUCCAGAGGUGAAGUCCCCCUACGACAGCCAGUCCCUCAGGACGGUUCUCUACCUGGACAACAUGAACGAGGAGCUGAAGGGCUUCGACUACCACCCCGACCCCACCUUCAACGACCUCGCCAAGAACGUCAUCACCGAGACCAGCAUUAUCAUCGUCACGGGUCGAGGUUUCUCCAAGGCUAUGACGGCCAAAGAGGCCCAGGCGUUUGUCGGGGACGCCUCCUGUCACGUUAACAUACUGCAGGAUGAUAAAUUGAUCCUGGAGGCUCCUUCGACACAGCCCAAAUCCAGGUCCAAACGCCAGCGCAGGGACACAACCAACGACCUGCUGGAGCUCGUGGUAAAGUUUGGUCACGGUGAGUGGCUGGUGGGUUCAGUCUACUACGCCAGAAAAGACGACAUUCCUCUGGCUAUAAUCAUCCCUGCGGUUAUCAUACCGAUGCUGCUCUUCAUCGCCGUGUCCGUCUACUGCUACAGGAGGAAGAGUCAGCAGGCAGAGCGAGAGUACGAGAAGGUGAAACACCAGCUGGAGAAUCUGGAGGAAAGUGUACGAGAUCGCUGCAAGAAAGAGUUCACAGAUCUGAUGAUUGAAAUGGAGGACCACACCAGUGACCUGAGCGAGGCCCGGAUCCCCUUCCUCGACUACAAAACCUACACCGACCGAAACUUCUUCCUGCCCUCCAAGGACGGCGCCAAUGACACCAUGAUCACAAGAGAAAUCCAAAUCCCAGAAGCCCGCAAGGCGAUCGUGGCUCAGGCGCUCAACCAGUUCUCCAACCUGCUGAACAGUAAACCUUUCCUCAUCAAUUUCAUUCGCACGUUGGAAAGCCGUCCUGACUUCAACGCCCGGUCUCGCGGUUAUUUCGCCUCCCUGCUGACGGUGGCGCUGCACGGAAAACUGGAGUACUACACGGACAUCAUGAGGACGCUGCUGCUGGAGCUGAUGGACGAACACGUGCAGAACAAAAACCCCAAACUCAUGCUCAGGAGGUCAGAGACGGUGGUGGAGAGGAUGCUUUGUAAUUGGAUGUCCAUCUGUCUCUAUCAGUUCCUCCGGGACACGGCAGGAGAGCCUUUGUACAAACUGUUCAAGGCCUUGAAGCACCAGGUUGAGAAGGGACCAGUGGACGCCAAGAUGAAGAAAGCCAAAUACACUCUGAACGACACAGGACUGCUGGGGGACGACGUCGAGUACUCUGUACUGACUCUGCAGGUGCUGGUGCACGGGGAGGGACCAGAUGUGACUCCGGUGAAAGUGUUGAACUGUGACACCAUCUCCCAGGUGAAAGAGAAGAUCAUUGAUCAGGUCUACAGGAACCUGCCGUACUCACAGAGACCAAAGGUGGAGAAUGUUGCACUGGAAUGGCGUCCUGGCUCCACGGGUCAGAUCCUGUCCGACCUCGACCUGACCUCCCAGAAAGAAGGACGCUGGAAGAGACUCAACACUCUGGCUCAUUACAAUGUCCGGGAUAAUGCCACGUUGGUUCUGUCCAGAGUUUUGCACACACAGUCCUUCCACCAGCACCAAGACAGCCACGAAGAGAAAAACUCCCUGCUGGAGGACGACAACACCUUCCACCUGGUCAGGCCGGCAGACGAAAUCGAUGAAGUGAAGUCAAAGAGAGGCAGCAUGAAGGACAAGGCGAUGACCAAAGCCAUCACUGAGAUCUACCUGACCCGGCUGCUGUCUGUCAAGGGCACUUUGCAGCAGUUUGUGGACGAUUUCUUCCGCAGCGUGUUGGGCUCGAGCUCUGUCGUCCCUCCUGCCGUCAAAUACUUCUUCGACUUCUUGGACGAACAGGCGCUGAGACACGACAACGUGGACGAGGAGACGCUGCACAUCUGGAAGACGAACAGCUUGCCUAGUCGGUUCUGGGUGAACAUCCUGAGGAACCCGCACUUCAUGUUCGACGUCCACGUGACGGAGGUGGUGGACGCGUCGCUGCACGUCAUCGCUCAGACCUUCAUGGACGCCUGCACCAAGACGGAGCACAAGCUCAGCAGAGAGUCUCCCAGCAACAAGCUGCUCUAUGCAAAAGAGAUUUCAACGUACAAGAAGAUGGUGGACGAUUACUACAAGGGCAUCAGACAGAUGGUUCCAGUCAGCGACCAGGACAUGAAUACACACCUUGCUGAGGUGUCCCGGCAACACACAGACAAGCUGAACACCCAGGUGGCCUUACAUCAGCUGUACCAGUACGCCAGCAAGUACUAUGAUGUGAUCAUCCAGUCGCUUGAUGAGGACCCAGCAGCCCAGAAUAAACAGCUCACCCUCCGCCUCCAACAGAUCGCUGCCGCCCUGGAGAACAAAGUCACUGACCUUUGACCUCUGAUAUCACGGAGGGGUCAGUGGGGGGAGCUAACGGCUACUAAAACACAGGAUGUUUUCCAUUUAAAGACUCAAAGGAGGACGAGCUCGUGGACUCUACCGAAUGUUUGACCAUAUAAGGACUGAAGAGGGAGGGGCUAGUGGAGCUACAGGAAGCUGUUAACCACAUAAGGACUGAAGGGGGGUGAGGAAGGGAGAUUUUAGACAAAUGAAGUGUUAAAAUAUGCCCAGAGUGGUGGACACUGAAGCGCUGAUAUCCGCUACACUUGUAUGGCUUACUUCCACUUGGCAUCCCGAAACAAAUACCAAGGAGGUAUUGCAAAAUGGCGACCAUAAUAUGGCUGCACAUGGGAGCUUUGUGAAAUCAAAGGGUUAUUUUUUUAAAGGUAGCUAGGGCGUUCGGUCUGUGUAAUUCUCGGAUCAAGCUGUUUCUGUGUUUUGGCUUCUAAAUUUUAAUUUUUUCCAUAUAACAAGUGAUGAAGAAAGUGUCACACAAGGAAUGAAGAUUGAAGAUUUUUGGAUAAUUGAAGAAUAUGAUUGAAGUAAUGUGACAUUACCAAAUAUUUUUCUUUUUGCUGCCCUUUUGGAAGUUUUCAUUGGAAGUACGGCUGCUCCAGGACGCUUUGUGACCUUAUCAUAUUACAGCGAAAGUCUAUGAACUGUGGAUGUAAGGUGAUUUUUGUCUCGUAACUCCUGAUCUGAGGUCAGUUUUUCUGUCUCCAUACUAAAUUGUAGCCAGGAAAUCUGAUCUCUUGUCAGCAACAGGGAGCGGUUUGUCAUCCUAUAGCGUGAAAAUGCCCGGAAGAACCUUCAAGUGCGCUCAAAUAAUAAUCAACCAAUGAAAACCCACUAUGGUACGCACCACUGGCCAAUUUAGGGUCAUGGUUUGUCUUGAUGGCACAACUGAGGAGAGUGAAUUCAGGGUACGAUGAGUUGAAUUAAGUCCAAAAAUCAAACUUGCAACAUAGACUUUUCUUGUAUCACGGCCAAAUGUUGUUUUUCAUAUCAGAUUAGCUGCAGUAUGUGUUUCUAUGCUGAUGACACUGUGCUGGUGACUCGAAUCAUUGCCGAAUAAUUUCAUUCAGUUUAGUUUGUUUAUUAUUAUUCUUUGUAUGCAGGCUUUAAGCAUAGGCUUUGCAUUUCCAUAUACAACAUGACAUGUAUCUUUUUAAUGGACUGAUACAGUGCCACUUAGUUUUUCUGUAAAGUGUUAAUCGGGGUGGUCCAUACAUAAUGUCAUAUCCUGUGCGUAAGUGUGUGUGAGUGUGUUAAUAGUUACCGAUGCCGUUGCCGCUCUGUUGCUGAGGACCAGCUUGUUUUUACUUUCUGUGAAAAAUCAUGACUGCCUAAUCAUGUGCUCUAAACAGCCAAACACUUUUAUUGUUAAGUCUGAUUUGUUUUGUUUUUUUUUAAUUUCACGUCUUUUGCAAUACUCCCUUCGUAUAUAAUGCUGCAUUUUGUUUCUGUUUAACUGCACACGUAAGAGGAAAUUACUUAAGUGUCUUCUGAAGACAGGGUACCCACAGAUCCUUUAAAAAGGCUUAAAAUGAAUCUAAAAUUAAGGUGUUGUUAAAUCCAGUUAUUGUAAGUCCCAUUUGCAGAUACAUGCAUCCAAUGCAACAGCACUACUACACAGUUUGACUUCUAUUUACUUGAUUUCACCAGGUUAUUGCAGUCGGUAUCAGUGCUGCUAUCCAAGGUGUACAUACAUUUAAAACACACAGCCAACCAUCUUGAUGUCUCCUAACAAUUAAUAGUCUUAUUCCUAUUAACUAUGGAAGAUUUAUAAAGCAUAAAAACAAAGAAAUAAACCACAAUAAACAUUAUAAAUACACAGGAUUCUUUCAUCACACAUAGACACGAUAAGCAAAAAGUCAAAUAUUUUUUCACAUAACAUUUUGUUUUUGUAUUUUUGUGCAAAAUAAUUGUGACGCAGCACCUGCAGAGACUUGGAUAUGUGCCUCCUAAUGAUUGCCUCCUCCGUAUUCUCCCCAUUAAAUGUUUCGUAAUGUUCUUGAGGUUUUCUUUAACCAGAAAUAGGCUUUUUCCUGCUCAAACUCUCUUAAAAAAAUAUUUCAAGAAUUUUUUUAACAAUCCAUAAAGCAGAGUGAGGGAAUAUACAUAUAUAUGUCAUGUCAAUUUUUAAUUAGAGAAAUAUGAAGAAAUACAUAAACCAUAUGAUCGUUUCUAUUACCAACCGCUCUGUAAGUGAGUGACUUGAGGACCAAGUUAUUAGAAGAUCUUGAACAGUUUUGCGUUUAAGUGCCGUUACACCACUGAAGUGUAAAUGAACUCAUUUAUCUUCUCCUAUGCUACGUAUUAAUCAUCGUCACCAUAGAGUCAUCACAUAUCUACAUUAUUCUUUGCCUUCUAAGCCCAGACGACGUGCUUUAUGUAGUGCUCGAGUUAUAAUCAAAGAUUAAAUAUGCAGUUUGUAAGUGGGAUGAUGAACCCCCUCACCCUCUGGGAAAGAAGGAUUUUCUUUGUUUUUUGUUUUUGGGGGUGUUUUUCUUUGUGUGUGAAGUUUGGAUUUAUUGAUUCCUCUGAGGUUUCAAUUCUUACAAACUGCAUGUUUAAAUUCUGAAGCAAUACGACCUCACGGCUGGUGCUGUAUCUUUGUACUCCGACUCCUUAAGCUGCGGAUGGACACACUGCAAGGUUCUUGGCACCACAUGACCUCCAGAUACAAAGACUGAAAUAAAUACAUCUUAGCUUUU